AUGGGCGAAAAGCGACGUAGAGAACAAUCAGAAACCUCCAGAGAGGCCAAGAAGCCCAAAAAGGGCUUCCGCGUCGGCCCAGAUAACCUCCCCGACGGACCCUGGAAGAGAAAAGUGGACAAAGUAAAGAAAGAACUCAUCUACAAAGCCAAGACGAAAAAAGCAUACGCCAAAAUCCGAGCCCGCGAACUAGGCGCCCCCCUCCCCGCGAAAUCCACACCGAAAUCCAAACCAACGACCUCCUCAGCCCCCGAACUAGCAGACCCCGAAGAACCCAACCUUUCCUCCGACGACGACGAAGAAGAAGAAGAAGAACAAGAGACACCCCUUCCUCCACCCCCAGCCCCCUCCUCCCCACCCAAACCCUCAGAACAACAACAAGAAGACGAAGCGCAAGAAGGCCCCGAACCAAACGAACACCCCGACCGCUUCCGCAACCGCAAAAAACCCUCCUACUUCGACAAGCAGCUCAAGGAAGCCCAGCGCCGCCGCCAAGCCGCCCAGGAUCGCGAGGCCGCCUUCGAGCGUCGCAGGCAGGACCGCGAGAGGGCCAUGCAGGAGCGCAGGCGCAUGCGGAAGCUGUCGAUGAGGGCGCGCGAGAGGGGGCCGGAUGGGCGGAGGAAGUUGGGGAGGGAGAGUGAGUUUUUGUUGGAGAAGGUGAAGAAGAUGAUGGGGGCGACGUGA